UGGCCAAAAACUGUCUCCACGGUCAAGUAAGAAUAACGAGCCAAAUUCAUUUUCAUGUCUACAUCGAUCCGUUUUUUUAUGUCGAAUUUGAAAAGUUCACUGGGUAGGCUCACCCUACAAUCGCCCCGUUUCUGACACACCUGCUGCAGCGAUGGACCAGCUGGAGCAGCGACAGUGGGAGGAUUUGAAUAAAGUCUUGCAGCAUCAUGGAUUCAAGCCGUUGAGUUUUGCCGAUCCUGUUGAGAAUAAGAAAAUGUCAGAUUUGGUUCUGCUGGACAAGAAAUCGGCUGGUGAGAUCCGAACCACGCUGAGGAUGAUGCUCUCGGACUCAGAGAGAAGACAGGCUCUCAUCCAGGAGCUCAUUAAAAACAACAACCAAUUUAAGGAGGAUAUCCAGGAGCAUGUGAAGCGUGAGGCAAAAUUACUUAAGAGGACCACUGAGCUGGAAGGGCUGCUAGAUGGAAUGAAGAUUCGAGUCCAAGACCUGGAGGAGCGUUUCCUCGGCAAGGCCAUGAAGCAGAGAAGCCAGACGCAGCAGCUGCUGGAGGAGAAGUUGGAUGAGCAGAAGCGUUGUCAGGCCUUGGAGCUUAAACUGUCUGAGCAGAAGAAGGAAGUGAAUGAGCUGCAGAGGAAGCUUCAUUUCACAGUGAAGGAAGAAGAGCUGCGACUGAGUCGCCAGCGUCAGGUCUUCAAGCAUAUCUGCACGAACGUCAUCCAGCAGGACACGACUGAGAGCCAGCAGUUGGUGGAUGUGAUCGAUUUCUAUGAGUCCAAACUGGCCCAGCUACAGGGAAGCGGCUGCCCACCCCAAGGACGUGCAGGCAUGGGGAAUCAGAGCAGCAGUAAGCCAUCCAGCAGCAUCACACCAGCUUUCAAAAGCGUUCUGAAGGCUUAUCGGCAGCAGCAGAAAGACACCAAAAAACAAUUGGAGGAGCUCAAGAAUGAGUUGAGAACAAGAUUGGAAAACAAGGACCGAACAACCGGCAGAACAGUGGCGAGCACAGGACCCGGGGAAGCGGCGACUUGUGCUGACUACCUUCAGCUUUUACGUGAGUUCAGCGCUAUUUUGAACGACUCCGACGCUCCACUGCAACUGAGCCGACAGAAGCCGCCUUCCUCUGACUCGUCACAGCUCGUGGAGUUCCAGGCCCUGCUGCCAAAACUGGAGCUGUGGGCGCAGCAGGUUCACCUUCUUGCGGAUCUGCAACACAACUUGCUGAAGCUGAGCGCACGGCUGGCUCCGUGGCAGGCCACUGACGGGAAUCCAGCAGCGGCAGUGAAGGUGGAGGACAUGGUGCAGCUGGUGGACAACAUGCUGGAGCACACGCCGCAGGCCGACGAGAAGGAGCUGGUCUGCCCGACCCGACACACCCUGCUGUCCAUGGUGUCUCACUUUCAAAAGCUGUUUGACGUGGCCUCCAUCAGUGGCGUGUUCCCACGUAUGAACGAGGUCUACAUGAGGCUGGGAGAGGUGACCAACGCAAUGAGGAACCUCAGAGAUGUGCUCCAGCUCGAGAGCAGUGCCGCUCCUGCUGAGGUGGUCAAUGCCGUGGCCCGGCUGGUCACCUUCACAGAGGACACCAGCGGACUCCAGGAUGUUCUUGGUGAUGCUGACCUUGACAGUGUCAUCCAAAAGGUCAAGCAACAUGAAGAAUUCUUUCCUGCAUUUCAUUCUCUUGUCCUGGACAUUUUCCACAUUCUUGGGGUCAGUCGACUGGGUGAAGUCGUUCCUGCUGUCCAGUCAUUAAAACAGAGAGCAACGUAGCCGUGCGUUUGUGUCAAUAGAAUUAUGUUUCAUAUGAAUGUAUGGAGCUUAUUUAUAAAAUUGAAAGAAUAAAACCACC